UCUUGGAUCCAAAACAAAUUUAUAUAAACAUUUAUCUGAUUUUUGCAAAUGAAGCCUCCAAAAUGAAUCAGUGUACAAAGAAUUGCUGUGUAUGCUAUCAUCAUUCCACUGCUAUCAUACGUUUUUAUGCUUGGAAAGCCUAAUUCUUUAAAAGGAUCUCUGCAAUUUUGUACAAGAUAUGGGACCAUCCAACAAAGACAUGGAUACUGAAAAUGCAACCCUGCUGACAGAGAUUGUUCUCACAGGACUUAUAUAUCAACCAGAGUGGCAAAUUCCUCUGUUUCUCUUGUUCUUGGUGAUAUAUCUCAUCACCGUUGUGGGGAACAUUGGUCUGGUUACUCUCAUUUGGAAUGACUCUCGACUUCACAUCCCCAUGUAUUUGUUCCUUGGUUGUUUAGCAUUUGUGGACACAUCACUCUCAUCCACAGUGACCCCCAAAAUGCUGGUCAGCUUCUUCGCCAAGAGUAAGAUGAUAUCUUUUUCUGAAUGCUUGACACAACUUUUUUCCUUUUUACUCACUGCAACCACAGAAUGUUUUCUCUUGGCAAGUAUGGCAUAUGAUCGUUAUGUGGCCAUAUGCAACCCUUUACUUUAUCCAAUGGUUAUGACCAAUAGACUAUGUAUCCAGCUGCUGGUCUUAUCAUUUGUAGGUGGUCUUCUUCAUGCUGUAAUUCAUACAGGGUUUUUAUUCAGAUUAACCUUCUCCAGUUAUAGCAUAAUACACCACUUUUACUGUGACAUCAUGCCACUGUUUAAGAUUUCUUGUACUGACUCUUCUUUUAAUGUCCUCGUGAUUUUUAUUUUUUCUGGUUCAAUUCAGGUAUUCACCAUUCUGAUUGUUCUUGUCUCUUAUACACUAGUGCUUUUUACAAUCUUAAAAAAGAAGUCUGUACAAGGCAUAAAGAAAGCCUUCUCCACCUGCGGAGCUCAUCUCUUAUCUGUCUCUUUAUACUAUGGCCCCCUUCUCUUCAUGUAUGUGCGGCCUGGAUCUACACAAUCAGAUGAUCAAGAUAUGGUGGACUCUCUAUUUUACACGGUCAUAAUUCCUUUGUUAAAUCCAUUUAUCUACAGCCUGAGAAAUAAGAAAGUCACAGAUUCACUGACAAAAAUGUUAAAGAGAAAUGCAUAGUGGUCAGGGUAAUAUCUGUUCUCACUACAUAAAACAGUCACAAAAUUGCACAGAUUUGAUGUUGCUAUGUGUUGCUUAAUGUUCAGAGAUUUUUCUGUUACAAUUUUCCUAAUAUUUUAAUGACUUAACAUGUUAGUACCUAAUACCCUCUAAAAUAUUUGCAUAUGUUACUAAAGAACAUACAAGGAUUUUUAAUCAAGCAUUCAUAUCAAACUAAAAUAGAGCUGAUAACAAAAGGAAAACAUUUUACAUGAUUGUAUUCUGCAAUGUGGUUUUAUAAACACAAUUAUUAAGAGGAAAAAUAAUGCUGCAUCUCUGAAAAGUACUGCAGUAUGAUAUGUUUGAUAAAAUAAAACUGUAAACCUGAAGACUCAUAUCACAUUGAACCCCAUGGUGGACGCAGGUUUGUGUUUGAUCAGACGCAGAUCCCAGGAAUUCUGCUAGCCAUCGGUUCUUUCAUUCCACUGUAUUUGGGA